GUUACUCUCGUCCAUAUAGAAGUGAAGUCCAAUCGGCGCAUCCUUUAUUUGAUAUACCUUUAUAACUAGCCUUUCAAACAAUGACCUCUGCAGAAGAAGAUCAGUUCGAAAACCUCCCAAAGUUUGAUGCUAGCAAGUUCCAGCCCCCAGCAUGGGCAAAGCCGGCAAAUUUCCAAUGGGGUGACAGAAAUGGGGAAUCGUCCAAGGCUACUGCCUCUUCAGCCGACAAAGAGGGAAAUCAGAACAUAUUGGAUCUGGGGGAUGAUGAGAGUUACGAUGAUAACGAUGAUAGCGGAGAUGAAGUUUUUGAAGACGCUCACUCGACGGUUGAUCCGGAAGAAGCCAUGUUUACCAUUUCCGAGCUCAAGGAACUCUUAUCCAGAGCGACCAAACACAAAAUUACGGGCAACUCUCAUUAUACCUCCAAACCUCCCCAAUACGAGCAAGCCAUCGCAUCGUACAAACUAGCCAUCGAUCACCUGCCAACUUUCCCAUCUGACCCUACAGACCCCGAACACCAGGAACAAGAUAGUAAAAACGAUUUUAAGGGUAAAAUGAAAGUAGAAGAACCCGUGCCUAGCGGUCUUCAAGAAGUCACAGAGGAAGAAGCUGUGGCUAUCCAGAAAGAAGAAAAUACUAAGAAGGGCAAGUCGCCGGAAGAGUUGGAGAGGGAAGAAGUAGAAGAUGAAAUUAAAGAGUGUACAAAGGCUUGUUGGGGGAAUCUUGCUGCGUGCUACAUUGCCAUCAAAGACGACGGAAAUGCAGUUAAAGCAUGUACAGAAGCGCUCAAGAUUGACCCCCAUUAUACCAAGGGUCUUCACCGUCGUGCAACGGCCAAUGAACGUCUGGGAACCCUUACGGCCCUUACUUCCGCUCAGCAGGAUUACACCCUGCUCAAGACCUUGCUUCCCGCCUCCUCUCCAUUACUCCCCUCCAUCCGUCGCUCACUGAUCGUCCUCCCUCCCAAGAUCAAGUCGGAAGAGAAGAAGCAGUACGACGAGAUGAUGGGUAAACUGAAAGACCUUGGCAAUUCGUUAUUGGGGAACUUUGGGUUGUCGACUGAUAAUUUCAAGUUUGAGCAGCAGCCGGGAGGCGGUUAUAGUAUGAAUUUUAAUCGAUAGACAUAACUGUUAGAGUAUAGGUCUUGCGUAGUAGAUGCUAUUUUCAUUCACGUGACAACAUGUACGAUUUCU